AUGGCAGCGGCACACCUCAAGACGCAAAUCCUCCAAGCGAAAAUUCACCCCAUCGGUGUGCCGUGGAGCGCUUUCAUGCCCGAAGGAUCUCUGUCUGCAAUCCUCGACAUUCAAACUGUGACCGAAGCACUGGCUGAUCCCACAUUCAGCAUUCCACCCCACAAGCUCGACGAUGCGGCAAUUAUUGUCGUUGAACAAGGAAUGAAAGUUUUCUCGAUAUUGUUGGAGCUGAAUUGCGAGAAGUAUCUCUCCGCUUGCAUCGAAAACAAUUGCUUGGAUUCCAGCCUGACAAUAGCGGAAACCAUCCUGGCCGACAUACUCUCCCCAGAGGUGGCUCCGCACUUCUACCGACUUCAAUUCCAGUACAAAGCAUAUACCCUCCAACGCAGCACUUUUCACAGGAACCUCCAAGAAAUGCAUGUUCUUCCGUACGUUAAACAGAAGAGGAUUGGUGGUGGUGGCUAUUCUACAGUCUACGAAGUUGAAAUCCAUCCUGCUCACCAGAAUCUUGUCCCGCCAUCGAAAAUUUCAGGGGUGGUAAGAGCUGUCAGGAAAGAGCUGGACCCUGAUGCACAAGACAAGUCGACGGAGGCCGAGUUGCUUUUCGUUCUCAGAAGCCUGAGGCACCCGAAUAUUGUGGAAUUGUUGACUUAUUACACUCAACAUGGCGUUACAAACCUUCUGUUCCUCCCCGCCGAUUCGGAUCUCCACUGUCUGCUCCAGAGUCCAAGCCGACCUGAACACUUUCAAUCUGACUUCGCAUUCUUCAACGCUAUGAGAGGCCUAGUGAGCGGUUUAUCGUACCUCCACAGCUUUCGUCCCAGACCAGAGCAAUCCAGCGCUCCGAAUCAGGCUACCAUGCACGGAUAUCAUAACGAUAUAAAGCCAAGGAACAUCCUGGUUCGUGGGCCCGACUUUAUACUGGCUGAUUUCGGCACAGCGAAGCUAAAGGACGCCCUGGAAGAGACCAGCACUUCUUGGAAGAACACUACUUAUGAAUAUGGUGGUCCCGAAUGUAGGGAUCCGAAGACGUGGCUUCACGGUCGUGUGAGCCGAGCCAAUGAUGUAUGGUCUUUCAGCUGCGUGUCAGCGGAAGUUGCAGUUUACAUGGUCAGAGGAAAGGAUGGGGUCUUGCAGUUUCGAGAGGCUCGAGUACACGACGGCGAGUAUGGACCCCAGCGGUGCUUUCAUGACGGAGUUUCGUUAAGCCCUGGCACUGAUAGCUAUCUCCGAUCGAUUGCGGAUGCGGACACCUUUUCCUGCAUGGGGGAACUGCUUCAGUUGCUGGGGAAAGCCUUCCAAUCCAAGCCCGAGAGUCGUCCCAAGGCAGAAGGCAUGGAGGUUGGAUUCUCCCGCAUCACGAUACGCUCGGUCUUGGAAGCUCUGAAAAGAGCUAUUGAAGAUGAUUUAAAAACUGUAGGGUUAGUUGGUCGUGGCGUUUUUUUAGCUCGACUUUCCCUGGAGUAUAACCGUCUUACUUCGACAGCCAAGUUCACACGCAUACAUCGAACUUUUACGCCACCCUUCAGCGCAUUUAUAGGUGGCCCACAGUUCGAAAAGCCCGAAGACGACCAAGAUUUCAGGCUGAACACGAUACAACAAGCCGUCGACGACCUCCUGAAGCCUCUAUCAGACCACACGAGACUCUCAAUCGAUCAGACAUUCUGCGUGCUCGCGGCACACAGCCGACCAGCCAGAUCUCUGCAAGAAAUAUCAGCUUUUGAUUUCGCUACACCCGAGGUCAGCGAUGUUGAUGCUGUCGCUGCCAUGAAAUACAUGUCUCUACUCUUGCAAAGACAGAAGAGUGCUUCAUCCGACAGUCCCCGAUUGCAGUCGUCCUUAUUGCGGAAGGAUCCCAAGCCCACAGACUUAAGCUUGCGUCCCGAAAUCUACUACUACACCUACGGACACCAAGAGGGUGAAGAGUGGAAAACUCUCGUCGAGAAGGUUCCCUACUGGGUGAAGAAGAUUCCGGACAGCUGCGGCCCAGAGUUCCCCAAAGCCAUCGAAUCCAUGUUCCGUCGCGUUUCCGAUCUCGUGGAAGUUCUGAGAACACACCCCAGGCCAUCCGGACUUCGGGUGCUUGAUUGUCUAGGGUCCUGUCACGAUGCUGACAGAAAGUGUUUCCAACUGGUCUUUGCAUUACCUGUCACCGAGACUCUGCCAAUCAGACUAAAUAAACUCUUCCAGCACGGCAGCUCGCGUCUUUUGGCCGCUGGGCACAGAAUGAAGCUAAUGCUAGCGAAAACGCUGGUGACUUGCGUCCAAAGCAUCCACACCAUAGGCUGGGUGCACAAGAGCAUCUCAUCCCUGAAUGUUUUAUUGUUUCCAGCCGCUGAACGUCGUUUCGAAACUAUCGAUUUUAGCGCUCCUUAUCUCGUCGGGUUUGGCUCUAGCCGCAAGAGCAAAGGGGACGAGUAUACCCAAGGCCCUGUCCUGAACGACUCAAUUGCCGAGUACUUACACCCGGAUUAUCGACUCAAGCGCUCUAUUGCAAAGCGAGCGCACGACUACUACUCUGUGGGUCUUCUACUAUUGGAGAUUGGAUUGUGGUAUUCACUCAGUAACAUCUAUGACAAUACAGAGUUUCGGCAACAUUCGCCGGACGAGCUACGAGAAGAAUACAUUAGGCUGUGCCAUCGCAGACUUGAAGACGCGAUGGGAAAACCCUACCAACAAGCCGUUUUGAGCUGCCUACUUUUUGAUUCUUCCGAGUCGGAUGACGGCGAGGGAGAUGUAGAAGUUGAGCAAGUCCAACGCGACCAGCUGGACUUUCAAAAGCAUGUUGCUGACCCAUUGAACAAGUGCUUUGAGUAUUGUGAGGCUCUCGGAAUCAAAUCUUGA